AUGUCGUCCGUCCAAAUGAUCGAAUGCCGUUCGGCCCCGAUCGAGCGAGUUACGGUAUUCAAUGACCGGGCUGAAAUCCGCCGCAAUUUCUCCAUCAAGCUGGAGGCUGGCAUGAAUGAUAUCAACAUCAUCAAUUUGCCUGGUGAUAUCGCUGAUGACUCGGUUAGAAUCUCCGGAAGUGGAGACGCUCUCAUCCACGAGGUGCAGAUUGCCUGGAAAGAAGCCACCGCGAAGGAAAAGGACUGCUCCAAGGCGAGUGAACUGCGCCAGAAGGUGGAAGAAGAGGAGCGCGAGCUGAAGACAAUCAACAUCAAGAAGACGAUCCUCCAGAAGAAGAAGGCCGCCCUUGAUGAGCUUAUCAACAAGCUUGGAAACACUGAUGGAAUCCGCUCGAUUCAGAUCAGCAAUGAAACUUUCAACAGUGUCAAUACUCUCUUUGCUUUCUACGCUGAGCAGUUUGAGGGCUUGAGCGUCGAAGAGUCAAAGCUUGAAGAUGUACAAAAGGAACACCAAGAACGCCUGAACAACUAUCAAACCGAGCUCCACCGAUACACAUUCCCAGGAUCCGUCAAGGUGAUCAGCAUUGUGCUCGAGGCGGCUGAAGCCGGUGAGGUCAGCCUGACGGUCAGCUACCAGGUGUUCAACGCCAGCUGGCGACCUGCCUACGACAUUCGUGUUGAGAACAAGGAGGAAAAGCAUAUGAAUAUUACCUACUAUGGCCGAGUCCAGCAGGGAUCCGGUGAAGAUUGGGCGAACUGUCAACUCGUUCUGUCUACAGCACAGCCCUCGGCCGGGGGAACUAUUCCGGAACUCGGAACGAUGGAUGUUUCCCUCUACGUCAAGCCGGAGCCAAUGGAAAACCAAGCAUAUGGUGGCCGUGGGCUCUUCACAAAAUCUUGCGUGCAGCAGGAAGCGUGCUACUCCGUGUGCUUGGAUGCGGCUCCGUAUAUGAAUCAUGCUGUAACCUCCAUGGCCGCGCCUGAACGUAUGCGUCGUGCAAUGAAAACAGUAACGGCUACCGUCCAAGAGCAAGCUCUUUCUUCCGAGUUCAUCAUCGCACGUCCAGCUGUGAUCCCACCAGACAACUCUGAGCAUAAGGUCACAAUCGGAGCUGCGUCAUUCGUACCCAAGCUCAACUUUGAAUGUGUGCCCGCAAAGAAUAACAAUGUGUUCCUGACCGCUGCCGCAGUGAACUCCUCCAACCUACCCUUCCUCCCUGGAGAGGCUGCCGUUUUCUUGGACACCAACUUUAUCAAUAAGUCUCAACUGAAGGCUGUUUCUCCUGGCGAGCAUUUCAACGUUUCGUUGGGUGUUGACGCGUCAAUCAAAGUCGAUUACAAGCCGGCGCACGACAAGAAGGGACAGAGCGGCUUGAUCACCAAAACCUCUUCGACCCAACGCCACCAGAAGGUUGUCAUCAAGAACACCAAAAAGGAGAGUGUCCUUGUGACAAUUCAUGAACAAAUCCCAAGGAGCACCGAUGAGAAGAUUACGGUGAAAGUCCUCUCCCCGACGGCUCCCGUCAAAAGCGCCGACGAAGGCGCCGGAAAGGAGGAAGGAGCAUUUAUUAAUGCAGCCACCAACAACCUUGAGGUCACUGUAUCCAUCCCGGAGCAUGACAAGAAGGAGCUCGACAUCAAAUACCAAAUCGAUUUUCCCGGCGGCGAGAAACUCGACUACAACGAGAAAUAC